AUGGAUCAGCUCUAUGCGGAAAAUGAUCAGUUAAAACAGCAGGUGGCCCUCCUGACUGCACAGAUGGCGCAGAUGCAAGCAGCUCGGCCACGCCACAGAAGCCCUGUUACAGUGCCAGAAAAGUUUGAUGGCUCACAGGCACGAUUCCCAUCGUUCUUUGGGCAGUGCCAGUUGUGUAUGAGCCUUUGGCCUGAGGACUUCCCCACUGACCGGGAUAAGGUGGGGUUUGUGAUAAGCCUGUUGACAGGAACAGCAGCACGUUGGGCAACACCCCUGCUGACCCAGCCCAAUCAGCUGCUGGACAAUUAUGCAGAGUUUUGA